GUCGUGACGACAAAAGUCUUUUGCGGCGACCACAUUGCGUCGAGUAGCCUCACAACGACAACCACUGCCGCCGCGUCCUAAGCGCCUGCCAAUCAUAAUGAUAACACACGUGUGACGUCACACAACCGUCUAAGAGAACGAAAAUGUUAGCAAAAAGAUGAAGCUACGUAGCUUCACGGACAAGUGCCUACUACGCGUGGCGGGGAAAAACGACUUUUAUUUUACUGAUACAGACGAUAACAUUUUAGUAAAGCUCGCUCUCUUGUUCACGCGAGCAACAAGUCUCUUUAGAGCAGUGACGUCACUUCCUCCAGCAUCCUGCCGCAGACUCUGCGACCUCGCCUCUCUCUCUGCGUCGUCUGCUGCUACACGCGAGCCCCGAGCAUCCCAGAACCGGGACCAGGGCGUCGAGCCGCCAUGCCAGAAACGAGCAAAAGUCACGUGAUCCUGCUGUCGUGCGGAAGCUUCAAUCCCAUCACCAAGGGACACAUCCAUAUGUUCGAAAAGGCAAGGGAGUACCUGCACAAAACAGGACGUUUCAUCGUGAUUGGAGGGAUCAUUUCGCCGGUGCACAACUCUUAUGGGAAACCUGGCCUGGUGUCCAGCAGGCAUCGUCUGACCAUGUGUCAGCUGGCCGUGCGGUCGUCCGACUGGAUCAGGGUGGACCCCUGGGAGUGUUACCAGGACACCUGGCAGACCACUUGCAGCAUCCUGGAGCACCACCGAGACCUCAUGAAGAGAGUGACGGGCUGCAUUUUGUCAAACGUCAACACGCCGUUGUCGACGCCCGUCAUUGGUCAGCCGCAGACCCAGGCUCCGCCCAUUUAUCAGAAUCACAACAACUUAAAUCACAAGCCCACUUCCGCAAAACUUUGGGGGAAGCUGAGUGAGAGUUUGGGCAAAGUUUGCUGCAUGCGUCCUCACAUGGACCGCUUCACCUUCAUUGAUGAAAAUGCCAACUUGGGGCCCACCAUGACGUAUGAGGAGAUCGAGUUGCGCAUCUUGCUCCUGUGUGGAAGUGACCUCCUGGAAUCUUUCUGCAUCCCUGGCCUGUGGAAGGACAGUGAUAUGGAGGUGAUCGUGGGCGACUUCGGCAUGGUGGUGGUCCCUCGUGACGGCGCCGACACCGAGCGCAUCAUGAAGCAGUCGUCGGUGCUACGGAAUCACAAGGACAACAUCGUGGUGGUCGAGGACGACGGCAAACAUCCGAUGGCGCAGGUCAGCUCCACUAAGAGCAGGCUGGCGCUGCAGCACGGCGACGGCCACGUUGUGGACUACCUGUGCCAGCCCGUCAUCGACUACAUCCUCAACACGCAACUGUACAUCAAUGCCUCGGGAUAGACGCGCUACGCUAACGUGGUCUCCUGCCCCAACAUCAGCACGCAACUACAGUGAACCCCCGUAGCGCGCCGCCUCCACGUUACGCCCUUACCAUAACAAAAACCUUUCUUUGUCAUUUUACCCCUCCCCUAAUCUAUAAACCCAUUUCCAUUGAUUCCUACUUCACGUUUUAAGUAUUUCUUAGCGCCUGUUCUCACUUUCUCACUGUCAAGAAACAUUCGACUAUCGUAGGCAGUUCUCCAAAUUCAAGCUGUUUAUUUUUCACUGCAGUUGAAGUUGACUGUAAAAAGUGACGCAUAAAACAAAAGACAAUGAAACAUUUCAUAUUUAAACACCAAAAUGUUCAACCAAACCUUAUCGUUCAGACUAACCAAAGGCCACUACCUUCAUGCUAACAUAAUGUGAAACAGUCCUAAUGGGCUCAUGGAAAAUAGCAUGUGUGUUAUGGUAGUUGUCCACAUUCAAACAUGCUGCUUCAUAUCUGUGUAGAUUGCCAGACAUCCAGGUCAUUGUAAUCGGCGACGGGUGAAUCGAGGCAACUGGAAUCUUUCAGCUUUCAUCCAAAUUCGAAAUUGUAGGUGUUUCGUCUCGUGUAAACAGAGUAACAAUGCAACAAAAUGAGCAUACAACAAUAGUCACAGCCAGGCAGGUAUAUUUUUUCUCUCCACAGUGAAAACGAUUCCUUCUCUGCCGCUUCUUCUUGCUCUUAAUCGUGUUUCUUCCCUUCCAGUCGAGCUCAGUGCUGCCUGCCAUGUUGUGGCGCAACGUGGUACUUCAUCGAAGAUGUGCAAUUUUAGUUUGGGAAUUAGGCCUGUCGACUGUAAUAAUUACUUUACAAAAUCUGCUAUAUAACGGGGUUGUGAUGAAGCGGGGGUUCACUGUAACAGCUACACUUAUGUGCUUGUGUGUGUGUGUGUGUGUGUGUGUCGGGGUGGGGGAAGGGGAAGGGGGUUCCUUUUUUUUUU